AUGAGCGAAUAUUGCAAAAGAAUUGAAAUCUUGGGAGAAGUGCAAAUAUUGGAGAGAUUGAAAAAGACAAUAGCGAUGCCGAGAGAGAAAGGAGGUUCUCAACCUGAGUUCUAUGACAAAGGAAUAGUCACUUUUGAAGUACACCAUGGAGGAAACCUAACUGCUAAAUUUGAACAUGAAGAUGAGAGUAAUGAACAGUCUGAUUAUGAGGGUAUGUAUGAGGAUGAUGAAGUUGACGAAGAGGCUACAAAUAUGGAGGAAGAGGGUGAUGACAUUACUAUUGAUGAGGCUAUAAAUGAGGAGGUUGAGGGUAAUGAAGAGGCUGAGAAUGAGAAAAGUGUUGAAAAUGUGAAUGAAGACAAUGAAGAACAUGAGAAAGACCCUGAAUUUUAUGACAGUAUGAAUGAGAGAAGUCAAAUGAUAUGGCUGAAAGCAGUGAGAAACUAUUCAGUAUUUAACAGAAGGAAGAUGAUCAUUUGUAUGGUUCAUCCAAUAGCAAGCCAAGACUUGUGGGCUAAAACAAAUUUCCCACCUUUGUUGCCACCUAAGUAUCACAAGCAGCCAAGGAGGCCAAAGAAAAGAAAGGUACCAUUAAAAAGGCAAAAUAAGAGAGCACCUCAAGGCAACACAUCAACUCAGAGAGUUAUGAGACAAUCAAGGCAGAAACAAGCAUCAUCUUCUACACAGUCAAGGCAAAAACAACCAAUUAUAUCAAAGGCUAAAAAAAGGACUAAUCAUCACCAUGCAUCUUCUCAGUCUAACCAAGCUCCUCAACCAUCUCACCAAGCAGCUCAACAAUCUCAACCUUCUCAAGCUUCUCAGUUUGACAACCAUCUCAGUUUUAACAACCAUCUUAGUCUCAAAAACCAAAUUGGUCUCAGCCUCAAGCAUCUUAGCGUCCAUAAGCUUCUGAACAAAUGA